UGUGUUUCUGUGUUACAUCUGUUACGUGAGUGUAAACACUCACCUUUCGUUUUUCGUUUAUUGUAGUAUGGUAUCACUGACUUAAUUUUGUGAUUUACUAUCUGUUACGGUUUAAAAACUGUCCCACUUGUAUCUCGUACAAAUUGAUAAUGUAAAUUUUAUUUUGCUAAUAUGUAAUUUUCGUUAGGUGUAAGUGCAGUGUAGGUAGUGGAAGUUACAAAAGAGGUUACGAAAUAGUUGACGACAUCAGUAUUUUUAGUUUAUAGGCAAACCGAAUCUGUUAGAACUUUUAGUUUGAGUGUAAUUUUCUAACAUGAAGUGUUCGUACGGAUUAAUUUAUAUAAUUAUUAAUGUUUCCAUUACUAUUUUGAUGGUUCAGUGUGAGGACGAGAACUAUUUUGAAGACAUAAGGAAUCCAGAUCAAAUAGUAGAUCCACAUUCAUUUUAUUAUGAUAGACAAAGCAAGAAGAUGCUUACAGAAACAGAUCCAGAAGUGGUAGAAAGUUCUGUAGAAAUAAAUAAUGAAGUUGAGAAAGAAUUAAAAUAUUGUAAGCAAAUCAAUAAUUUUAGUAGUCAUGAAGCAAUUUUUUAUAAGAGACUUAUUAAUUUAUUACUAUUAAACAUUAACAUAAAGGCAAAGGAUGAUAUAUCAGUGGUAGGAAUAUUAGAAAUUGAAAUAUCUCAUUUGCAAAUGGAAAUAUUACAAAAUUUGGAUACUCAAAAGACAUCUUUACGCGAGCUUGAUGAAAUUAUGAGCAAUAUAAUAAGGAAGCCUCUGUACAAUGAUAUGAUUGAUUUUAUGCAUGUCCUUGAUGUGUUAAUCGACAAAUUUGAAAUGGCACUUAAAGUUAUACAAACACAUCCUGAUGGAGCCAUAAUUGUAUUUGGAAUGUUGAUGAUUUUUCUGACAUUUAGAAUGAUUAAGCGGGGUCAUGGAUUUUCUAUGUUUAUCAUUUUACAAAUUAUAUUUGUGUCGAGUUUUUUCAUGACUUGGUGGCAACUUAUACAAGAAGCUGAAAUUAAGUCUACUGCUGAACAAAUGAAAUUUGCCAGCAUACCUAUUUCAUGUCAACCAGAUAAAAUGAGCAUGUGGGAUAAAUUUGUUUCAUUUAUAACUUCUAAUGAUGAUUGUGAAAAAUAUUAUCAAGUAACAAUGUCUAAUCCAAAAUUAAAGAUAACACCUGCAUUUGUAUUAUCCCAUUUUAUUACUACUGUUGUUCUUCACCCAUUUACACAUGUAGGAACUGUCGUGUCUGACUUUAUAAACAAUGCUACAGCUGAUCUUCCCUGGACAUAUGCAUGGAUUAUUAAGUGCAUACUUUAUUUAUGUGUUGGCACUACUAUAAUAGCAUUGCCAUUUUGUUUAUCUGGUACAUCUAUUAAUCUAGGUUUAGGGCCAUUAUUUAAAAUUGGACUUGGGCACCCCAAAAAGGAUAGAAAAGGUAAUUCAUUACAAGAUGUACAAAAACGAGAUCGCCUAGAAAUAAUCCUUCAGGUUCCUCAUGGCACGCGCGUACCAGCCAUACAAGGCGCAUCAGAAAUUAAAGAAUCAAACGAAGCACAAAUUCUAGAUAAUGAUUCACACGAGUUGCGUGAAGAUUCAUCUUGUGGCGACACGAUAACAAACACGAAACGUUCGAAAAGUGACAACAAAAAAUUGGAAUGUGAACAAAUUAAUUCGGAUGAAUUAAAGAAAAACAAUGGUAGUGGAGACAAUUAAUAUUAUGUAUUGGAUGAUAAUUUAUACUAACACGUUCUUUCAUGUACAUUUCUUGAUUUAUAUACCUUGAUAUUAUAAUAUUAUUUAUAUAGAUGGAAUAAGUAUUUUAUAUAAGUUUGUGUUAAUAUUAGACACUUAAAUAAUUGUAGAUUUAUUACAUGAAUAAAAACAAAAAGCAACGAUUUUUACAA